AUGGAUACUACACUUGCUCCUGAAUUCCCGCUUUCCCCCCUCGAGCACGCCCCAGCUGUUUCGCAGGAACCGCCCAACACACCCAAUACUCCCACCCGUGAGGACCCGCAGCAGCCCCGCAUUACCAAGUUCUUCUCUUCUCCCAGGCAGGAGAAACGCUCUCGCACCGGACCAACUCCUACGCGGCCGGACCCCUUGCGGGAAACAGCUCUCCCGGACUCGAACAUUUUGCAGCAGAUCCAGCAGGCCGCCGGCAAGCCCCAACCCGACAUGAAGCCUCUUGCCGCGGAUCAACUAGCCGACAACACAACUUCGCCGGGUAAAGAUGUCCCUGUUCCCGACGACGACCUGCCGCCCCGUCUGACCCCUCAGACGUCCCCGCCCAUUCCCGCCGAACACGAUCGAGUCCGCCUUCCCUACCCAUCCUCUGACAGUGAUGCCGCCCGCAAUGCCUUGCUCCGAAAGAUUGCGGAGGCCAAGAGGCAGCUCCCCCCGGAUUUCCCACCUGCACAAGAGAUCCAGUGGGAACUUCCCUCCAUUCCCGCCGCCAUCGCCUCCACGGCCAAUGAACCUCACGCUUUUGGAACAUUGCUUCCCGCAUUGAAUUCUUCAGAGAUUCACGGCCGAGCUUACGUCCCACAGGGCACAUUAUUCGGAGCUGCAGUCCCGAGCCUGUCGGAAUGGAACUCUCUCGAUCCAUUUGAUUACCAGUUCCAUGCCAUCCCCUGGAACGUCGGCAAUUUUCACUAG